UUAGAUCCCCUCCCCCUCACCAUCUUAAAGACCAAAAAAGCAGCAACUCGCAAAACCCACUUACACCAACUCCAUCUUCUUUCCUCACCGCCUUCUCUCUCACGCUCUCUCUCCCUCUCUCUAGAGAGCUGCCGGAAAUGUUGCUCGGCAAGAGGCCGCGACCUUCGAUGAGUCGAACAAUCAGUAUGAAGGAGUUCGCCGCCGAUCUAGAGCUAGCCGACGACUCGCCGAUGCCGUCUGAUCAAAAUAUUCAGGCCAAAAUAAUCAUCGAUCCGCAUAAGCCGCUUCAACAUCUAGAUGCGAAGCAGCUCCGGCGGCCCGGAGAUUUUCCGGCGGAGUGUCGGCGGAGCAACAGCAAUUGCGCUGCGAUGAUUCCGCCUCUAGUACCGCGAAGCAACUCCGCCGAUUUUGCGAUUUCUGCAGCGGUUGAGACGGCGCCGUUUCUGAGAUCUUGUGCACUCUGUCAGCGCAGGCUCAAUCUGGGUCGCGACAUCUUCAUGUAUAGGGGUGAGAUUGCUUUCUGUAGCUUGGAAUGCCGUCAGCAGCUAAUGAAUCUGGAAGAGAGGAGGAAGAGUUCCCUCCUCUCACUGAAGGGCUCUGCUCCGGGGAACUCUGAGCCCUCCGGCUCCGGCAAAACGGUGGCGGCCGCCUGAGAAACAGAGAACAAUAUAUAUAUAUAUAUAUAGAUAUAUAUAUAUUGCCCUUCCUCUAUUUUAUGUCUAUGAGCCAACUGCUGGCUUCUGUUAAGCUUCAAUGGCAACUAAUGAGUUUUCAAUCCCUCUAUUUGGAGAAAAUAUUACGUGUGAUCAUCCGUAUGCACGGCGGAUUAGGUGUGUACAUCUCGAAUACAUCCAUCUGCAUGUACAAAUCAUCCACACGUAAUCAUUUUGUUUUCUCUAAAAUGAGAAUUUAGAGUAGAGUUGGAAGUUUUUUUUAUAUUAGGUUAUGAAUUAAUGAUUAAAAUAUGCAUUUGGAGGGAAGAUUUGCUAUUACUUUUUCAUAGAUGGACUUAAUUUAUUUUAUUUUAUUUUUUCUUAUUGCUUGUAUGCUGAGGAGAGAGAGAGAGAGAGCCACACAAGUGAUUCAAUGAUGUCCAUUAAAAUCAUAUUAAAAAAUAUUUAUAUGUUGGCACUGUGGCCAUAAUAAUAU